AUGGCAAAGGUCUUAAAGUGUUUUCGAACCAUAAGGAAUAAUUGGAAAAAGUCUGUCUUAGGAGUAGCAGCUUUAUCAUAUGGGGUAUCAUACAGCAAAGAUGCAUACAAUACAAAUGAAUUAAUGAAGAAAUAUUGUGAAACUGCAUCACGUUUUGGAGAUGCUCCAUGUCCAACAAAUAUAAAAAAUAGACAUGUCACAAUAAUUUUAAAUCCAAAUGCCAAGAAAGGAAAAGCUAAGAAAUUAUUUACAAACUACUGUGAACCAUUGUUGCACUUGGCUGGGAUAGCUGUAACUGUGAUACAAACUGAAUCAGAAAAUGAAGCUAGGAAAAUAGUAAUGAAUUUAAAUAAACCAACAGAUGCCAUUGUAGUUGCUGGAGGAGAUGGUACCUUGUCUGAUGUUUUAACAGGAUUAGUUAGAAGAUAUAAUUCAAAUAUUAAUUCGGUUAAACAGUGUCCUAUUGGUAUUUUACCUUUGGGACAAACAAAUAAAGUUGCAAAAUCUAUGUGCAAUGAAUACAAUAAUUUGUCUGAUGUGAGGCAAGUAGUAGAGGCCACAAUGGCAAUUAUAAAUGAAAAGUUCAGAAUGAUGGAUAUGAUUGAAGUUGAACCUAUUGAAGAAAACCCUGAGGACCCAGUGAAACCAAUUUAUGCUAUGGGAGUAGUUGAAUGGGGUGCAUGGAAAGAUGCGCAUUCUAUUGCAAAAAAAUAUUGGUAUUGGGGACCUUUACGAAAAUACGCAACUUACGUAUUGAAUGGGUAUAAAGAGAAGUUAAACUGGAAUUGCGAUGCAUUGAUAAAGUACACAAAUCCCUGUGAUGGUUGCUCUCGUUGUUAUCAAAGGGACACAUCAUUAGAUGAAUUUGCUAAUAUAAAUAAAAGGUGGUGGCAUGCCUUUGUACCAAGAAAAAGUGUUCCUGUACCAGAGAUUGACUACAGUAAAAUAGUAAAUGAACAAUGUGGUAUUCCUCAUGAGUUGCCUAUAUCAACAAGUGAAUUGCAUAUAGAAAGUCCCAAUGUAGAAAAAUCACAAGCUUCAUCAUCACCAGCAGCGUUGAAGUUAAAAAUGGGUCCAAAACAUGUUGGGUAUUUUUCUUUUGUGGUUGAAGGAUGGAAACAAGAGAAUGACAAUAAGUUACUGUAUAAGCAGGUAUUAGAAGCAAAGGACAUUGAAAUAACUCCUCAAGAGAUAACAAAAGAGAAUACAUUGUACAUUGACGACGAGGAAUACGAAUUAAAAUCAGUGAAAAUUAAAUUACUUUCGCGAGCAGUAAAAGUAUUUUGUCCUGAUUUGAACAGUUAA